AUGGUAGCACAAGAAGCACAAACGUGGUUAAAUAAUUUAGCCAUAGACAAAAAUACUGUUGACGUGAUAGAGGGAGUAAAAGUUUCCGUUGGAGUACUCUCGCCAACUAAUCCCAAAGAGGAACUGAAAGGUGAAUUAAAAAUAGAGAAUUUUCCUGAAUUAAAAGAAUUAAAUCUAGAAGAUGUACGAGAAUUGGAUAAAUUAGUUAUUAAAAAUUAUUUUAGUUUUGAAACCAAGGUUAAUGAUCGUCCUAAUGAAAGAAAACUAGAUGAACUUGACCUCAGCAAUGUUCCUAAUUUGAAAGUCCUUAAAUGUUCUGGAAUUCAGCAAACUAAUUUGAAAGGAAUAGAGAAGUUAACCCAACUUCAAUCUCUUGAUAGCGGUGAUGAAUUGGAUGACACGACGGUUGUUUCUGAUGAUUUGCCAGAUAGUUGGAAAACCGAUUUAGCCACUAAACUCGGCGGAGCAAAUUUAAGCCAAAUUCCCACCGGGAAAACUUUAAAAGAUUUGAUUGAUAAUUUUUCUGCUGACCAAGAUAAUUUACAGAAAAAAUUAAAAAAGAUCCAAAAAGAUUUAGGAUUAGGAGAAGAGGCAACCGAAGAACAAUUUUCGAAUAAAAUCCAAGAGUUAGAACAGCAACCUGCCCAAGCAGUAAACGACUUACUAAAAAAAAUAAAUAAUUUGGGGUUAGGAUUGACUGAAACAGAUAUUAGCGAACAGAAAGUUAUAGAUAAAAUAACUGAACUAAUUAAUAGACCUACGCAGUCUGAUUAUGACGCAAUUAGAGCCGAAAGAGAUGAACUGAGAGAAAGUGUAAUUAAAAAAGAGGAUAUGGUUAAAAAUGAUAAAAUAGUCUUUGACAAGUUGGGGAUUUCAUUUGCGGAUUACGAGGGCAAAAUUGUUAAUGUUAAGGCCUCAGAAGUGGAAAAGAUUAGAAAUGAGAUGAUUGAGAAAAAAUUUGGAGAAUUGUCAACUCAAAACGACACUUCCUUUUAUCUAAAUAUCGGUUUAAGUGUUUUAGCGAUUGCAAGUUUAGCCACAAUAGUUUGGUUAGUUCUGCGGGAAAAUAACCCCAAAGAGGAAGCCAAAGAAGAAUAA